GAACCCGCGGUGACACGGCUUGACAGAGCCACCGGCGGGGGACACGGGCUGCCAGAGCCGCGGGGAAACAGCGGGGGACACGGGCUGCGGGAGACGCCCAGGGAACAGCGGAGUAUUCGGGCUCCGACACUCACCGAGGUCAUCAGCGGGGGACACUGUUUGCCACAGCCACCGGGCCACCGGCGAGGGACAAGGCUUCAAGGUUUGCCAGAGCCACUGGGCCGCCAGCGGAAUCAUGGCUGCCAUUGAGGAGCGCACCUUCAUUGCCAUCAAGCCUGAUGGGGUCCAGAGGGGACUGGUGGGGGAGAUCAUCAAACGCUUUGAGAAGAAAGGAUUCAAACUGGUAGCCAUGAAAUUAAUACACGCCUCUGAGGACCUUCUGAGGGAACACUACAUUGACCUCAAGGACCGGCCAUUCUACGAUGGCCUGGUGCAGUACAUGCACUCAGGACCUGUUGUAGCCAUGGUGUGGGAAGGUCUUAAUGUGAUUAAGACUGGAAGAAUGAUGCUGGGGGAAACCAAUCCAUUCGAUUCCAAGCCUGGCACUAUUCGUGGGGACUUCUGUGUCCAAGUUGGAAAGAACAUCAUUCAUGGCAGUGAUUCUGUGGAAAGUGCUGAGACAGAGAUCAAUUUAUGGUUCACUCCUGAAGAACUGGUUGAUUACAGAAGCUGUGCUCAUGAGUGGAUCUAUGAUUAACACCCAGCCUGGAUCUUCUGAUAUUCCCAUGUCCAUAAGCAGCUGCUAGCCUCUAGCUAUUUCAAAGAAUUCCCUGGUAGAAACCUCAGAAAACAGUGAAAUUGCUCUGUUGUGGAUGUCAGGGUCAGUGCUUGCUGCUCCUUUGAUUUAAAAGUUGUCAAGUUAUAGAUGGAAUUGCACAUUUUAAAAGCUGCUUCUGGGACUGAGAGAUAUGAGAUGAAAACACAGAAUAGAUAACAUAUAUUUUUCUGAAGCAUUUUAUAGUCAUAGAGUGUAUUUUGGUAAACACGAUAAAAAUGGGUAAAAAUUUAUUUGGUAAAUAAAUAUGCAAAUGGCUCAGAGUCAGAGGUUAACUUUGCUAAAACAUUACAGGACAACUGAUGGUGUGUAAAUGCAUUGAUAAUAUGCCCAAAUGCUGAGGAUUUACUUAAUAUUAAGUCAAGUGUGUCCCCAUUCCUAAAAUGGCUGCAGAAAAAAAAGCUCAUUUCUCUCCCCAGAACAUGCUGUGCCCAUAAAGAGCUCAGCUCUGGCUAAAAUGACAACUGGCCUCCACGCUGACACCGUUUCAACUCACUCUUUUUUCCUUCCACAUGGGAUUUAUGUAGUAUUUUAAGGACUGAUUAACCAGCCAGGCUUGAUGAAAUGUUCUUUUAUGUGAAAAGAAGAUUAAUGUGAGGAUGGAUGAGGGAGAUUCUACCCUUAGCCACUUCAGUGCAGCAGCUCUCUGACAUUGCACAGAGCAAUAAGUGGUGUUUGCUUUGCCGGCUGAACAACAGGUAAUUUAGCUGUGUUCUCAUUAGUGUAGUUUCCUCAGUAGCUGGAACUUCAAAGCAAAUCCUUCUUGGAUAAGUUGUUUUAGAAGUGACUUCAUCACUAUCGUUUUGUAUUAAAUGAUGUAAAGAAGUAGAGUCAUAAUAAUGCAGAAGGUGUUUCAGUUUCAACAGCGAAAGUUGUACUGGAUGAGGAAGUUGGGAUUGAUAUUAUGUAUUUAUUUCUCUGCAACAUUUUAUUCACUAAGAGCAAGAGUUUCACGGAAUCAGUUGCUCAAGCUCCGCUAUUUUUUCCCCCAAAGCGAAUUCUUGUAUCUGAAUACUGAACUAUGCAGUGAAUGUUGAAUGGAAGGCUCAUGAUACCUUAUGGUGAUAUCAAGCUCCCAAAAAGAGAUGGCACAAAAUAAAACAAU